AAAAGAGGGAUGUAGGAUAGUGACCAGUAGGGGGAGCUAGAGGAAAUGGAGAGCAAUGUGUUGGUGUACGAAGAGAGUAAAUGAAAGAUGUUCACCCUGUGUGCGUCUGCAAAUGUGUAUAUCUGAUAAGAUAAAUAUAUAAAUCUCAUGUCAAAUUAGUAGCCCUGCUUGAGAUAUGAAACUUAAUGGCGCACUUAAUGUGGCGUGAAUCGUAAAAUGUAGCGCUUCAGUUCAUUAAAGCCAGAGCCACUGAAAAACAGGGUUACGACAAGCUUUGAUCUUGCCGGAGUCGCCGCGCGGUCACGUGGUUCAUGGAGCUCUCAAAACAAACGAGCGUUGACAAUCCAUUUGAAUGGAUUUAAGUAGAAUAGACGACAGCUUCACUUCACUAUACAGAAAGAUGCAAAGGCUCUGGACCAGGAAGCAGCUUUCAGUUCAGUUUCGACACUGUGAGUGUGGGAGGGGAGAUAUCACACCACAGAAAAUUCAACAUGGAGGAACACGUCCACUUCCUGCUGUUCAAAUAAUGCUGAAUAUACGAAAGUCUCCUUCAUGAAAUGACUCUUUCAGAGCAUUCUAGAAUCUGAAUGACUGACAUGAAGCGAUAAAAUAGAGGACGAUGAAGAAACAAAGCUGUAAGAAGAGACAGCAGACGGGGUCUUCCUCCCAUUCUAAGAAGAAGAAACAAGUCAAGAAACAAAACUGCCCCAAAUCAUCUUCAGGACGAAAAAACACUCAGAACAAAUAUCAACUUCCUGUUACAUGUGGCUAUAAAGAGGGUGUCCUGUAUUUGAAAAAAUAUUAUGAUAAGCAGAAGUGCAUCUUCAGUGAGGAACAGUGGUUCAAGCCCACUGAGUUUGAGAGGUUUGGUAUGAAGGAGAAGAACAAAAAGUGGAGGACCAGCAUCCUUUGCAGUGGGAUCCCACUCCAGAAACUCAUAGAGGAUGGAUUUCUUUCAGCUCCAACCUUUAAAAAAAGCAGGGUUCAGGAUGCAAAGAAGAAAAAAAGCCACGAGGGUUUGAAAAAACAAGAAUCACAUGAAGAGAUCGAAGACAAUAAAGACGAUGAUGAUGAGGAAGAUGAUGAUGAGGCUAUUGACAUGAGCGUGUUUGAAGGUCCAGUCCUGCCUGUUACCUGUGGUUCUGAUUCUGGCAUUCUACACAAAUAUCGAUUUUCCACAGGGCGUUGUAGGAGAUGCAUAAGAACAGAGAACCACUGGCUGACGCCUGAGGAUUUCACCAAAUUGAGCAAACCAGAUGGAACAUGGAAGAAAGACAUUGUGUCCCAUGGAAUGCCUCUUGGGAAGCUUAUAAAGAAAAGAGUUUUGGAACCACAUGCAGUCAACUGUGAUUGUGCGAUCUGCAAAGAACCGGAUCAGAACCAACUGAAUGAUGACGUGUGUUUCGUGUGUAACUCUGACGGAGAGCUUGUGUGUUGUGACGAGUGUCCACGAGCUUUUCAUUCACGCUGUCACCUACCAGCUCCAGGCGGAGACUCACCUGGCCAGUGGAGCUGCACAUUUUGUGUGAUGAAGAAUAUGGAAAGUUCUAGCCAAAAGACCCAACAGGAUGUUUUGAGCAGUCCAGUCUCUCAGUACACACUGCACUGCCAGUACCUGCUGUUACACCUGCUACGUGAGAGCAUGACUGACCUGUAUCCCAAUGUUCCAGGAUACAGUGAGAACAUCUGUGGUCCCAUGAUGCUGGGCAGAGUGAAAAUGAACUUGGCGAAUAAUGACUAUCACACAGUGCGAGAGUUUAUCACGGCUAUUGAAUAUGUUUUCCACCACUGCACCACCAACAGGGAUAAUGACUUCAGUAGAAUGACCUUUAGGCUCAAGGAACUGUUUGAAAUGGUCUUUAAGCCCCUGUAACUUCACGUCUUAAAAAGAAAUCCUUUAUUAGAAUCGAUGGUAACAUUUGUGAGUAUUGUACAGAAAGGAUGAAUUAAGGAAAAAAUAUUUAGAGAACAUUACGACGGUGUUCAGUUGUAAACAAUUACUUACAGUGUAUUCAUCUCACCACCUUUUGAAAAAAGGGGUUUCAUUCCAAGUAUGUAAUUUACGUAAGAUUUUGUUGCUGCUGUUGUUGUUGUCUGUUUGUUUUUUGUUUUUGUUUUGUUUGUUUUGUUUGUUUGUUUGUUUGUUUUGGGGGGGGUUGCAUUGAAUGUGGUGAGGUGGGGAAUAUUUAUUAGUAUUCUUAUUAUCAAGAUAUAAAUAAAAUAAAAUUUUAGUUUAGACAAUGUCAUACAAUAGAAAAAGAGACUGUGUGUGUGAGUGUGUGUGUGUGUGUGUGUUUCAGGACAUUAAAUAGGCUGAAUUGACAGUACAAAACAAUCAUCCAAAGAAACUGAUGGCCCUGCUUUACCUGGACCAAUUUUUUGCACAGCCAUAACCAUCAGCAAAAGUAUUACUGUAUAUUCUUUUUGUGAAUGUUUCAUCUGUUUUUAUAGUUUGAUUUUCAAUCAGAUCCACACUUCUAUCCUUCAUCUCUCAUUUGAUCCUGUCAAAAUAAAUAUGGCACUACCCUG